AUGGACGGCCAGCAGGCUGCGCCGCCGCCGCACGCCCACGACCCGCGCAGCAACGGCCUCGCGCGCCAGCCCACCGCGCCGUCCGACUCCCUCACCGCCCCGCGCUCGCAGAGCCUCACCCAGCAGGACCGCGCCGACGGCCCCACCCGCUCCCUGACCGACCCCGUCCAGCAUGGCCAGCCGCCGCAGCCGCCCAAACCGAAGCGCAGCGGCAAGAUCUGCGGCAAGUGCGGCGAGGGCCUGACCGGCCAGUUCGUCCGCGCACUGGGCGGCACAUACCACCUGGAGUGCUUCACCUGCCAUGACUGCGGCAAGAUUGUCGCCUCCAAGUUCUUCCCCGUACCCGAGAAGCCCCCGGGCCAGUACCCGCUGUGCGAGACCGACUACUUUCGCCGCCUCGACCUGCUGUGCCACGACUGCGGCCAGGCCCUGCGCGGCUCGUACAUCACCGCCCUCGAGCGCAAGUACCACAUCGAGCACUUCACCUGCUCCGUGUGCCCCACCGUCUUCGGCGCCUCCGACAGCUACUACGAGCACGAGGGCAGCGUCUACUGCCACUACCACUACUCCACCAAGUUCGCCCAGCGGUGCAACGGCUGCCAGACCUCCAUCCUCAAGCAGUUUGUCGAGAUCUUCCGCAAUGGCCAAAACCAGCACUGGCACCCCGAGUGCUACAUGAUCCACAAGUACUGGAACGUGCGCUUGCACACGACCGGCCAGCCCAUCAUGGAGAGCCUGCCCGCCGCCGAGGCCGACGCCACCGAUGCCAUCCGCGAGACCGUGCGCGAGCAGGAAGAGGAGAUCGAGGCCAAGGUCAAUUGGAUCUGGAAGACUCUGUCUGCCUUUGAGGAGAAGUCCGCCACGUGCAUCUCCGACAUGCUGCUGCACGUGAGCAAUGGCGCCUAUGUGGACGGCGUCAUGGCCGCCAAGAAAUUCAUCAUCCACGUCGAGCUGCUCUUCACCGCUGCCGACGACCUCGACGCUCAGCUCGUUGCCAAAACCCCAAAGGGCCUGAGCUACUCACGCGAAGCGAAACUGCUUUGCAAGAAAGUCGUUGCGUUUUUCUCCCUGCUCACACAAUCGCAAGGAACUGGCGUUCGCCGUCUCGGCGUUACGCAGGAGCUUCUGUCUUUAGUCACCGGACUUGCUCACUACCUCAAGUUGCUGAUCCGUAUCUGCUUGCAAGGUGCCCUGAAGCUGGAGCGCGAGACGCGAAGCUCGAGUGGAAUCACCAGCUUCCUUGCGCAAGUCAAUUCGCUCGAUGCGAAGCUCGAAGAGGAGGCCUCCAAGGACCAGGCUGCCGAAGCAGCAAUCCUCAUUCCACGAUGGGCAGAUGCAUGUCCCAUCUGUGACCUCCAGGUCGAAGACAAAUGCCUGCACCUCAACAACAUGUCCUUCAACUACAGCUGCAUGAUUUGUCGCGGCUGCAACGCAGACUUGCGACACGAUGUCAGGCAGGCCUACUGGAGUCUCUCGACCAAACACGUCUUCUGUCCCGCAUGUGCGGCAGCACAGCCAGACGCCGAAAAUGGCUUCUGUCACGUCACAAAGCUUCGCCAAUACGUACACCUCCUCAAAGUGGCUCAUGCCCGCCUAAUGGCGACCCUGCGCUCCAGCGGUGCGCUGCCCCACACGUCCGAUGACCCUAACCUGACAGGCUACGAUUCGUCUGCUGGACACCGGAUGGACAACAAUGGCAACGCCCUUGCACCACACCUACGAGCCGACGCGAGAUCAAAGUCCUACAAUGGCUCUGACACAAACUCAACCGGUCAAGGUAGUUCCAAUGCCGCGUACGAGCAGUCCAUGUCAGACAUCAAACGCCUGCGGUCCACACGUCUGGACAAGCACCUGUCCAACACGAUGAAGCGCGCACGUGCGUCGAGAAUCAUUGAUGGGACAGAAGGCUACGAAGCUGGUGCCAACACUGAAAUGCGUGGCGGCAUGCAGAUCGUCAACGAGCGCGAUCAGGUCGACAUGGAUAGCGCCACCCUUGCUGUCAACUCGCUGGCAUUAGACGACAUUGCCCGUAUGGCUGCAAUGGAACAGCAGCGAGAGCAAAGACCAAACGCCUUCCGUGCUGGUGGUCAGGCCCUCCUUGGGCAAGAGAAUGCAAAGGUGCGCCACGGCCACCGACGUGACUUUUCAGGAGCUCAAGAGCUGAACAAUGUUGCUGAUGGCCGCUCUCGCACCUUCUUCUCGGAAUUGUCACCUCUUGAAUACUUCAAACUCAAAGGUCUUGCGGUGCUCCAACUUGGGUUGCUUCUCGAUGAAAAUCAGUGUAAUCAGGAAGAUCUACUCGAUCUGAUUGAGUCCAAGAAGAACAACUUCUGGGGCAAGAUCGGAUUUGGCAAAGCUAAAGGCAAGCCGAAGAAGCCCUCGACUGUCGAGAAACCAGCUUCCGACAAUGCCACAUUCAAGCAAACGUUGGAGUGGCUGGUCGAAAAGAAAGGCUGCGAAUGCACAGAGGGUGUUGGACCAGGUGCGCUCAAGGUUCCAGCUCUGCUACAAGACGCCAUUACUGCAAUGAGAAACAUGGACAUGUCGAUCGAGGGCGUCUUCCGAAAGAACGGAAACUUGAAGGCGCUGCGGGAGCUCGAAGUCGAAAUCGAUCAGAAAGGAGUGGAGCAGGUUGACCUGAACACGAAGAAUCCGGUCAUCCUUGCAAACCUCCUCAAGCGCUUCCUGCGAGUAAUGCCAGAUCCCGUAUUAACUCUGAAGCUCUACAGGCUGUUCAUGACCGCCAAUGAUAUUGAGAAUGAAGAAAAGCGAAAAAAGGUUCUUCAUCUGGUGCUUUGCUUGCUGCCCAAAGCCCACCGCGACACAAUGGAGGUCCUGUUCUGCUUUCUCAACUGGGUGUCUUCGUUCCACACUGUCGAUGAAGAAUCUGGCAACAAGAUGGAUACGUGGAACAUUGCCACCGUGGUGGCACCGAACAUCCUGCGAGAAAGCAACGACAAAGAAGUCCGCAGCGUUGAUCAGGGUGCGGUUAAAGUUGUGUUUGAUCUCAUCGAGAAUAACAAUGAGUUCUCCGAGGUGCCUCCCGAGAUUAUGGAGCUGCUGAGUGACGACACUGCGACCGACAUGAGCGCCAAGGAAAUCAUGCGUCGCUGGGAACAACGUGGGAAAGAUCCCAAUGCCGCUGUUCCUGCAACAUCACCCAAAAGCCAGGGUGGUAUCGCAAAGCGAAAGGACGAGCGAAACGCCCCGCAGAUCACGGACGCAGACAGCAAUCCCACAUCAGCCAUGUCAGGCGAGUCGUCGGUACGGCAGAUCGCGACCCCUAGUGUGAACAUGAACGUCUCGCCCUCACGUCGCCACGACUUGAGCGCACCAAAUGCGCCUUAUGGCCAAAACCCACAGGCUUCGGCGGAGAGCCAUCGUACAGCCUCACCGCAGCGGCACAGCUAUCGUUCGCCGCAAUACCAAAAACAGCAGCAAAUCAGCACCCCUGGAGCAGGGUGAGUGCAGCUGAUUGCUCAUUUGCAUUGGAGUGCCUGGUGUUUAGCGUGUUUUGCCUUCUUGCUUCGACAGCUUGGCAUGGUGGGAGCUCGCACCAUGUACAGGGAUACGAAGUUCAUGUCACAUUCCCCGGAUCUACACGGUCCAUGUUCUACUUACGAAAAUGGCUGUUGAAUCGGUCGUCAUUAACGGCUGUUGCAUGUCGAGCGGCCAUAUUUUGGGCUGUUCCACUGGCGUUUUGGUGGCAUUUGGCAUCUCACAUUGAUUGGUGGCGGGUGUUGCAUGUAAGAGGCCCAGGAGUAGAAAGGUGAGCGGAAACGGCUGUGUAGCUGCGUCCCCAGUGCGCUGCUGCAUGAGCUGCUUGGGACAAGGAUGCCAACUUGAGUUCGUUUCUAGGUGUGGAUAAUGUGCAAAGCUCGGAAGAGUAGAUUAGGAGCCAGCAGCUGCGGGCAAAAUGGAUGCAUUUACAACA